AGAUUGCACCGCGCUCCCAAAAUUUCAACUGGGAGCAAAUAGCGGUGACAAACGGACCCACAGAUGCGAGAGAGCGGCACUGGAAUAGUUUGCAAAAUAGGAUAAAAGUCAUUGAGAAGAAUUGAAAUCGGAACUUUACAGUUUACGAUGACUCCAGAUAACAUAUUGGGACCCUGUUCUGUUUUGUGAGGCCUUGCGUGGUUUGGGAGCGAAGAGAGGAUUCAGGAUCGCGGGAGGAGAGCAAGACAGAAAGUGUCAGAGACGGCACAGAGGAAAGACAGAGACAGUGAGUGAGUGAGUGAGAGAGGAGAGGAGCUCUCCUCCUCUUCUCCCCACUCCCCCCUCCCCAUUGCUGGGCACACUGGCUGCGGCUGGGAUGUUGCGGCAGAGCAGCGCUGGUGGGAACAAGCGCUCCCUUGGCAUCGCACGCCUCUCCAACUCCCACUUCUUCCCCCUGCCGACGGGCACCACCACCAUCUCCUCCUCAUCCUCCUCGGGCACUACUUCAGGCACCUGGGGCUGCACGGCCAAAAGCAGCUCGCUGAGCUCCGUCAGCUCGGGCUCCGACAGCGUAGACGCGGCACCGACCGACUCCGACUACAUCAUGCAGCUGGUCAACGACGUGAGGCACUUCGCAGACGUGCUUCUCCAACUCAAGGAGGCUUUCAACUCCAAAGAGCACCAGGACUGUCUGCACCAGGUGGUCCACGAGCGAUUGGGCGAGCUGCUGCGCGUGCUGAAGGCCGUCAUCGGCAAACACCAGACCCUCAACUCUGUCGACAUCCUCAGCGCCGCCGGCACAGUCAUCGCCAAGGUCAAAGGUGUGAACUUCAAGGAAGUGAAUGAUGAGAACAAGCAGAAGCUCUUUGGCGAGAUCUACACUUCAAUAGACACUUUGGCAUUCACGUUUGGCAAUGUAGUGUCUGACUUCCUUAUGGGAGAUGUAGAGAAUGGAUCAGCUUUGGGGCUCCCCCAGGCCCGAAGAAGCCGGUCAUUUGAGAACCUCUGCGUGGAUUCCGGACCAGAGAAGGAUGAUUCCCCAGGUCCAUCUCCGCCGGCGCGGGUGGAGGAGGUGGACGCAGCGCUCCACGGGAGCCUCACCGGUGUGGAGUCAGCCCUGCUCUACGCAAAGACCUGGUCUAAGUACACCAAGGACCUGCUCAGCUGGGUGGAGAAGCGCAUCAACCUCGAUAUUGAGUGCGCCAAAAGCUUUGCCAAAAUGGCCGACUCUGCAAAGACGCUCGCCAGCCAACAGGAGUUCAUGCCAUUCAAAGAGAUCUACACAGUCGCGUUUAAGAAUGACAUUGAGUACAGCCAGGUCAUCCUGCACACUACCGCCGCCCUGCAGGCCAAUAAGUUCAUCCAGCCCCUGCAGGCCAGAAAGAACGAGCUGGACAAAUUGAGGAAGGAGGUGAAGGAGCAGUGGCAGAGGGAGCAAAAGAAAAUGCACGAGGCGGACAGUGCAAUGAGGAAGGGGCGGCUGCUGCAGGCCCAGCGGCAAGAGGAGUAUGAGAAGGCCCGCAACUCCACCAGCCGGGCAGAAGAGGAGGCCCCUGGAGGAGGAAGCGCUGCCAGCAAACAGCUGGAGAAGAGGCGGCGCCUGGAAGAGGAGGCGCUGCAGAAGGUGGUGGACGCCAAGGAGCACUGCAGGGCCUGUGUGAAUGAUGUAGCGGUGAAGAAGGCGGAUCAGGCUAAGGCCAAGAGACAAAUCCUGACCCAGAUCCGUGAGCUGGUGUUCCAGUGUGACUUGACACUGAAGGCGGUGACGGUGAACUGGUUCCAGAUGCAGCAGGCCCAGGUGGUGUCGCUGCCGGUGAACUACCAGUCCCUGUGCGAGAGCGCCAAGCUCUACGAGCCGGGCCAGCGCUACACCGAAUUUGUCAGGAGCCUCCCCACGGACCGGAGCCGAGGAGGAUCCUUCACCUACGACCUAUCCGGCAUGCAGAACUCCGGGUUCCCCUUAAAUAAGCAGUCAGUGAACUGCAGCCACUCUUCCCACGGAAACCUGUCGCAGAUGUCUGUUACUUCAGGUGACUUCCUGGGCACAGACGAGGUGGAGAGUCCGGUCCACAUGCGGCCUGCCAAGAUCGCGGAGAGGCGCUCCAACAGCAGCACAGACAUCCAAGCUCUGAGAAUACAAGGCCCAUUCAGAGCCUGGGGAACGGGUGGGAAUCAGGGUGGAGGGAUGUGCAGCGACUCCGAAAGUGCAGGCGGAAGCAGCGAGUCCCGAUCCAUGGACUCUCCUACCGCCAGCCCAGGGGACUUCAAGAGGAGGCUUCCGCGGACCCCCUCCACGGGCACCAUGUCCUCGGCAGAUGACCUAGACGAGAGGGAGCCCCCAUCCCCCUCCGACAACGGCGGCUUGAGUGAAAUGGUCACAGAGACUGCCAGCUCUCCUGGACCUUUCCGGAAUGCGCAAAUGUCCAAGGCGUCCCAGACACACAAGCUGAGGAAGCUCCGAGCUCCGUCUAAAUGCAGAGAGUGUGACGGCCUGGUGGUGUUCCAUGGAGCCGAGUGUGAGGAGUGUUCCCUGGCCUGCCAUAAGAAAUGCCUGGAAACGCUGGCCAUUCAGUGUGGCCACAAGAAGCUCCAUGGCAAGCUGCACCUGUUUGGCAUCGACUUCACUCAGGCGGCCAAAAACAGCCCUGAUGGCAUUCCUUUCAUCAUCAAGAAGUGCACAUCGGAGAUCGAAAACAGGGCGCUGAACAUCAAGGGUAUCUACCGGGUGAAUGGAGCCAAAUCUCGGGUGGAGAAGCUGUGCCAGGCAUUUGAGAAUGGCAAGGACCUUGUGGAGCUCUCUGACCUCUACCCACAUGACAUCAGCAAUGUCCUGAAGCUCUACCUGCGACAGCUCCCGGAGCCGCUCAUCCUGUUCCGCUACUACAAUGACUUCAUCGGUCUGGCCAAGGAGAGCCAGAGCAUCAUCGUGGAGGAGGUGGAGGCAUCGCGCGGGUCGCUGGCCUCCGAGACGCGGCAGGUCAGUGUGGAGCUUAACCGCGUCCUCUUCAAGAUCCGAGACCUGCUCCGUCAGCUGCCGCCAAUCCACUACAAAACACUGCAGUUCCUGGUGGAGCACCUGCACAGGGUCACAGAGAAGGCUGAUGAGAAUAAGAUGACGGCCAGCAACCUAGGCAUCAUCUUUGGGCCCACGCUCAUCAAGCCGCGGCAGACCGACGCGGAGGUCUCACUCUCGUCGCUGGUGGACUACCCCUACCAGGCGCUCAUCGUGGAGCUCCUCAUCCGCCACUACCAGAUGCUCUUCGACGCGCCCCUCAACCCCCUACCCGUCUCGCCCACGGCGGCUGGCGAAAGCUCCCCGCUGCCCAGCAGGUCCCGCCUCACGCCGCAGGAGAAGGAGCGGCAGCUCAACCGCCACUCCACAUCUCUGGGUGACAUCAAGGAGAAGCAAAAUGCUAAGAUGUAUAAGAGGCAUUCCUCAGUGAUCCCCUCCACACAUCUAAUGGAUGAGGUGAAAGAGGUCAAGCCCAGGCCUGAUGGGAGGGAAUAUGUUCCUGUCGUGGAUACAGAUUCAGCCACCAUCAAUGGGCUUCUGUCUGCCAGCAGCCCGGAGAUCCAGAGCUCGCCGCGCUUCCCACGGACAAACCAUGUCUCCUCCAUCACUUUCCCCAUCACGUCCUCCAGCAGCGCUUCCUCGGCCUCGCCCACCAGCCCCACUCCUGGCUCAGGCUCCAGCUCCAACCGGGUGCAGCUGCGCCCGCCGCGGCCCAAGUUAUCAUCCCGGCCCGUCAGCCUGCCGCCCGAGCGGCUCCUGAACGCCCGCAACGCAGCCGACGCCACCUCCCGCGCCCAGCCACGGGACGCAGCCAUCGAGGAGGCCUCGGAGGAGGAGCCCCAGCAGCAGCAGCUGCAGCUGCAGCAGCCACGGUCGGGGCUAAAGUCGCGCUCCGGUACGACUCACUACCGCAGCACCUACAUCGACACGCAGACGCUGCGACGCAAGUGGGACCGCGAGUACAAGCGCUAUGAUAUCACGGCGCGCACCGCCAUGAUCGUGGCCAAGCUUCCAGGACCGGAUGCCAGCGCUGGGGUCGUCGCAGUGGACGGGGUCGCAGGGGUCACCACCACCAAUACCAUCCAGCUGUCAUCACCUGUACUCUCAUCGGCGUGUUUCCUCGAUCGCACGUCCGGAUUGGUCGGCUUAGGUCGACAGGGCAGGGCGGCGCUAAGGCGGGAGGGGAACGUGAGCGAGUACAACCCCGUGCCGACCACUUUCCGAGCCCCACGCACUCUCCAGCCGCCCCCCGGAACCUUCUACAAGCCUCCCGCCGUGGGCCGGGCCAAGUCCCUCACAGAGAUAUCAAUCAAGCCCAGUGGCCCCGCAGCAUCAGCGAACAGUGCGGAGGAUGACGAUGAGGAUGACGACGACGACGACGAAGAGGAGGUCCUGGAGAUUGAGGUGUCCGUGGAUGGGCCGUGCCCAGACGCUGAGACCCAGAGCUUGGAGCCCCACUCCCCAUCCCAGUCUCCCAGCUCCAGCCCCGAGGAGCUCAACCAAAGCGAGACCAAGCCCGUCUACCAGAGACUCCGGUCGCGCCGGCUGCAGGAGUUUGAGCACCGAGAGGCCCACUUCGUAUGACCUCACUUCUGACACCCAAGUCAGUUUCCUUGGCCAGUGUUGACUGGCGGAGAGGUGCAUGGCUAUAUAUAAAUUGUGUCAUAUUGUACAUGAAGAAACACACAGGAAAAAAAACCCUGAACUAAACUGUGAGGAGAACACCACAGAAGUGUUAUAUAUAGUUAAUAUAUUCCCUGUUACCUGGAGUCUACAGGCUGAAAUGAGAGAAGCCAAGUGGAUGAACGGAAAAAAACUCAAAAGUAUGCACUUAGUUUCAGGCGUGUGUCGCAUAGUGCCCUACUAUAGGUGAAGCAGUUUGAAAUGUGUUUACCAGAUGGAGAUCAGCAACGGAGAAAAUAUGAACAGCAUGUUCAGUAUGAACAAUAUGUAUUUUUUUAACAAAACAAAACAUUAAAAUGGGACUGCUAAACAGUUAUGGCAGACAGAAACGUUGUCUUUUUAAACUGUGCAAUUGAGUUCACUUGGAGAAAAUGAGACUGUUGUAUAAAAUGUAUUGUUACUAUGCCAAAAAAUAAUUCAAUUGUUACUAUUGUGUGUAUUGUCACUUUAUCACCACUGUUUUAAUGCACUUACGAGGCUUAAUCCAAUCAUCCCCAAUUGUUUUUGUACAUAUCUACCAUUUUUUGUAAUGCAGUAUUUUAUUGUACAUGUGCAGUAUUACUUUUUUUCAAGUAUUCAAAGGAGAAAUGUUUUAAUUUGAUAUGCUGUAUAAUCAAAAAAAUGUAAUACAAUAUUUUGUAUUGAACCUUAUGUCUAAGUUACAUUACUGGAUAGCUGCCUGAAAUGUGUGGUGGAUAUUAUGGACAAUUAGUAUCAUACUUUGGGAGGGACUGUAGCUAAACUUUCAUGAAAGAUUCCAUGAAAUCUUUUUUUUUUAUAUUGGCUUUAAUAUCUUUUUAAGAAACAUUACAAAGUUAACUGAUGUAUGAUAUGGUGUUUUGUACAAAGUGUAUUGAUAUAUUUUGCUCAGUUCUGAAGUAGGGUCAAAAAGGAUGUUUAUAUGUCAAAACUACUUUUGUGAUAACCGCAGACCCCACAGAUUAAGCUCAAGUAAGUGCAUUUUCUAUGUAAACUGUAUAUCCCUCAGUGUUUUAUAAAAUAUUAUAAAAAGGA